GGACUGAGCUGGAGGAGACUAACAAAAGCAUGAAGAAGUUGGACGCCAUGACCCUCAUUAAGGAAGACAUGUCCAUCUUCGGGCACUGCCCUGCCCAUGACGACUUCUACUUGGUUGUAUGUAACCACUGCAGCCAAGUGGUGAAGCCUCAAGCUUUCCAGAAGCACUGCGAAAGAAGACAUGGGCCCCUCAGCAAGCUUUACGCCCGGGCCCCACCCCCACCUCCAGCCCCUGCCAGCUCUCAGAAAUGCCAUGUAGUGAAUGGGCAGGGCCCCGCUUGUAGGGCCCCAGGUUCCACCAAAACCUCCUCCAGGGAGAAGGGCCAGGGGUCCCGGAGCCGUGGCCACCAACCUCCUGAGAAGACCCAGAAGGACAACCUCUGCCUUUUCGUGCCUGUGGUGAAUUUGGAGAAGAUGUCCAGUCUCCCGAAGCCCGAUGGACACGGAGUCAGGGUGGCCCCGCCCUCUGCUUUCCUCAGCCAGCCAGGCAGCCUCGCCAAGGACUCCCCUGGAAAACCCCCCAUGGCGCCCCCUUCUAAAGAACUUCCUGGCAGAGAGAACAUCAAGAUAACCCCCAGCGAGGGUCCCAGUCAUCGGGUUGAAGGCAGCCCCCCUGAAAAGGAGCCUGGUGGGGCUAGGCUGCCCCCCAAAACCCACCGGAAGAUGGCUCGGAAAGAGUGCGACCUCAACAGGCAGUGUGGGGUGAUAAAUCCAGAGACCAAAAAGAUCUGCACCCGCCUACUGACGUGCAAGAUCCACUCGGUGCACCAGCGCCGGGAGGUCCAGGGCCGGGCUAAGGACUUCGAUGUGCUCGUGGCAGAGCUGAAGGCCAACUCCCGUAAAGGGGAGUCCCCCAAGGAGAAGAGCCCAGGGUGCAAGGAGCCGGCCCUUGAGCGCCCUUCCCAGGAGCCCCUUUCCUCGGCCCCCAUGGUGGCGGUGGCCGCCGCUCCCAGCAGCACCUUCUCUGCUCGGGCCAAGCAGACCUACUCAUACUGUGCACUGCCCAGGUCCCGGGCCUCCUCUGAGAGUGAAUUGGAUGAUGCAGGCCCCUGUGGUGGUGAUGGGGACCCAGGCCUGUUCCCUUUCCCCCUGCCCCGGGGUGGGGCCCAGGCCUCCAGCGAGGAGAGUGAGGAGGAGGGGACAUCUGAUGACCUCCACCUCCCCCCUGACUGCCAUUAUGCAUCCCGGCCCCCCAGGCCACAGGCGUUCUGCACCUUCGGGAGCCGGCUGGUGAGUCCAGGGUGCUACGUGUUCAGCCGCCGGCUGGACCGGUUCUGCUCAGCGCUGAGCUCCAUGCUGGAGAGGCACCUCAGCUCACACAUGUGGAAGAAGAUCCCACCGGCCGCUGAGCCUCCGUCCCAUCUUGCCAGCUCAUCGCUCUCCGCUCCCCUGAGCCCUUCCUCUACCGGCAGCUGCCCCCGCCUUCCAGGCCCACCCCCCAGACCUGCCUGCCCAGCUUCCAUACCUCCCACCAAGGACAGCCUUGUCCCCAGCUACCCUGCAGGCUCCCCCAGUGUGGCAGCCGCCUGCAGCCAGGCGGAGUGUAUGGGUGGGAGCCAGGCCAUCACCUCUCCGCUGCCUGCCAACACGCCCUCCCCAUCCUUCAGCAAGCUCCCACCUUCGAAGGCCAGCAAGUCGGCCAAAGGCAAGGCCGGGGCCGAGGUGGAGGCCCCUUCCCGCAAGCGGAAGUUAUCCCCUGGCCCCACUAGUUUCAAACGGACCUGCAUCCUGGAGCCCACUGGAAAAGGCAAACCCUCUAGCUGCCGGGGCCUCUCGGCCAAGACGAAAACAGCCCUGAACAUGGGGCUUAAUGGGACGGUGGGGCCCCGAGUGAAGCGGGCAGGGCCCCUGGACUGUCGGGGCUCUCCUCAUCAGCCUUCCACUGCGGUCAAGGCUUCUCAGCUGGACAGCCGGGGAGCGGCCGGCCACCCAGCCAAGGCCCUGCCGACCAACUGCCUCUCUGAGGAGGAGGUAGCCAAGAAGCGGAAAAACCUGGCCACUUACUGCCGGCCGGUGAAGGCCAAGCACUGCCCGGCUGGCCCCCCUGCUGAUGGGGCCUGCUCCGUGCGCCGCAAGAAGCCAGGUCCAGCCCUGGCCUUUGAGGAGAAGUGUUCUGCACUGAAGGAACUGGAGCUACCUCUGUCCCCUGAAGGAAAGGAAGUUGGACUCCAUGAGCUCUGAGAAGAAAGGUUUGGGCUGUGGUGUUGAGCUCGGGUCCCUGGGCUGUGGGCCUAACGCUCUGUGCAGCAGCGUGGGCCGGCCAGUCUUGCUCAUUGGCUUUGUCCCUGGGCAUCAGGGCAUUGAAGGGCAGGGACCCAACCCAAAGUGCAUAAAUGCGUGCAUGCCCACCUUGCACAGGUCCCCACUUCUAGGUGUUUGGGUGCCAGGCAAGUUCUCCAGCAUUUUUGGUAAAGCCAGCAGUCAGAUUUGGGGGCCUCUGUUGAUGGUGGCCUGGAGCAGUAGGCUAAGAGUGGUCCGUGAGGUCUUAGCCCAGAGGCUGUUACGGGGGGGCAGGCAGGGGGGAUGCACCCCUGGGUUAGGCAUGGGCUGCAGGCCUACCUGCACCUCUGGUGCCCAUAUGAGAACAGUGGGUGUGACCGCCGCCCAGGGCCUGAGCGUGCAUAUGUGCGUGAGUGCUUGCUAGGCCGCCCCUGCGAGGCCGGCUUUCGUCUGCCCCCUUGCCCAGCUUUGCUUACUAGGCCGGCAGGACGAAAUCAAGCCUCAGCUCUUGGGGUCCACACAGUUCGCUAGGGAGGUGGACUGGCCCCCCAGCCUGACCCUGUCUCUUGCCUCUUGUCUUCCUGCAGUCAAAAGCCCAUUAACAAGAAAGUGCCUGCCCACUUCGAUGGAGCCGCCAGCACCUCCUCCCCUCCAGAUCCAGGCCCCCAGGCUGCUGCCGCUUUUUAUAACUUUAUAUUAUUUUUUUUAAGAAAAAAAUCUUUAAAAUACCUCAAGACUGUCUCCCUGUUCUGUUGCUGCUAAGGAAAUGUAAAGACAGAAACAUAGAAAAGGAAGGAAGCAAAAGCAUGUAACAAAAUGAGUGUCCUUACUGUCCCCAACUGUCCCCCAGGAGAUGGAGAUGAUAGACAGCCCGACUCCAGAUCCCUUUCCUUGUCCCUUGAAACACUGUGGAAAUGGCUGGGAUUUGUAUAACUGGAGAGUCGUCUUUCCAGACAGGGCGAUGAGGCAUGGCUGUCAGUGAGCAGUGCUUCCCCAGAAUCUCGACUCCAGAGCAGACUCCAGUCCCUGUGGGAAGGGAGCUUC